GCCCUCCCGCGCUCGCGCAUCCCCGAAAUGGCCCGGAGGCAGGACGAGCAGAGAGGGGGAGCGCCCUUGAUGGCGGAAGGCAAGUCGGACGCGGAGGUUAAGCUCAUUCUGUACCACUGGACGCAUUCCUUCAGCUCUCAAAAGGUGCGCUUGGUAAUUGCUGAAAAGGCAUUGAAGUGCGAGGAACAUGAUGUAAGUCUGCCCCUGAGUGAGCACAAUGAACCCUGGUUUAUGCGUUUGAACUCAACUGGAGAAGUGCCCGUCCUUAUCCACGGGGAAAACAUUAUUUGUGAGGCCACUCAGAUCAUUGAUUAUCUUGAACAGACUUUCCUGGAUGAAAAAACACCCAGGUUAAUGCCUGAUAAAGGAAGCAUGUAUUACCCACGGGUACAACAUUAUCGAGAACUACUUGACUCCUUGCCCAUGGAUGCCUAUACACACGGCUGCAUUUUACAUCCCGAGCUAACUGUGGACUCCAUGAUCCCAGCUUAUGCAACAACAAGGAUUCGCAGCCAAAUUGGUAACACAGAGUCUGAACUGAAAAAACUUGCUGAAGAAAACCCAGAUUUACAAGAGGCGUACAUUGCAAAACAGAAGCGACUUCAAUCAAAGCUCCUUGACCACGACAAUGUCAAAUACUUGAAGAAAAUUCUUGAUGAAUUGGAGAAAGUCUUGGAUCAGGUUGAAACUGAGUUGCAAAGAAGAAAUGAAGAAACCCCAGAAGAGGGCCGCCAGCCAUGGCUCUGCGGGGAAUCCUUCACCUUGGCUGACAUCUCGCUUGCUGUUACACUGCAUCGACUGAAGUUCCUGGGGUUUGCGAGGAGAAACUGGGGAAAUGGAAAGCGACCGAACUUGGAAACCUAUUACGAGCGUGUCUUGAAGAGAAAAACAUUUAACAAGGUUUUAGGACAUGUCAACAAUAUAUUAAUCUCUGCGGUGUUGCCAACCGCAUUCCGCGUGGCCAAGAAAAGGGCCCCAAAAGUUCUUGGCACCAUCCUUGUGGUUGGUUUUCUUGCAGGAAUGGGAUAUUUUGCUUUUAUGCUUUUCAGAAAGAGACUUGGCAGCAUGAUAUUAGUGCUCAGACCCAGACCAAAUUAUUUCUAGGCUUGUGGGGAUCUAGUGGCGGCAACUCAUCUAGCCAUUCAACUAGAUCCUUCUCCACUCUUCCAGGCCCAGUGAACAAUGACCCUGGGCAGCUAGUAAAAAGCAUAAUUUACUUUACUCUUUGGCUAGUUUAUGCAGGGAGAGGAGGCAAUGAAGAUGUCUUUGUGGGCUGGUAACUUUGAGAGGACUUAUUUGCAAACCUGAACUAAUUCAUCCUUAAAACAUGUGCAAAGUCAAGAUAUGUGAAUGCUGACAGGUAGAGAGUAGACCUUUCGCUCAAAAUGUCAGUUCAAGUUCUGGGUUAUUUUGGGGGAGAAGUUUAUUAUUAUGAGCAGACAGUAAUAAUAACCUAUGAUUGCCCGUAGCUCUUCAUCUGAGACUGUCUGGGUAUGUUGAGUGUUGAAUAGUUAG